AUGCAUAUGAUAGCAAUAAAAUCGAGGGAACUUAGAACACGUGUUGAAGACGGACAAUUUCGUUUCGCUGGAUUCAUCAACGAGCCCAGGUAAAACAAUCACGAAACAAUGUACGAAGUUACGUUGCUUAACAAAGAUUUAUUAUCCCGGUUACAGCACACGACGGCAAUUAACCAAAUCGAUUAUUCAACGUUCGCGUAAUCGCGCGAUAAAAGCCGUUCGCGACGACGACAACGACGGGAUUUCCAGUUUGCCAGCACGUUACGUCUCGUUAAUUACGUAA